AAAAUAUUUGUUUGAAAAACAAUUGACUUUUAAGAACAUAAUGUUAUUGUAUUUGUUUAUAUAUUAAUCACGUGUUAAUAAAAAUAUGAUUUUAAAGCGAUUGGUGGCCACCGGUGUGUUGGCCGCCAAUAGGUGUCCGCAUAUAAAAUCGGUUAACAUAUAUGCCGUACGGCCACAUACAGGUGCGGGUCUGUAUCAGCCAUAUCUUUCGGGACACAAGAAGUAUGAAGAAAAGCGCGACAAGAAUUGGGAACAAUUGUCCGAAUGGGACAAACUUAAGAUGAGUGUCAAAACCAUCAAACAAGAGACUAGUCUUUGGGUACAAGAAAUGAGAGAUACGUAUGGCUUGGAUAACACCACUGACUUCUAUGAAGACCAAGAAAUCAUCAAAUACUGGGAUUUUAACCAAAGAAAUAAUGACCGCAUAAGUAGUUAUUGUAAUACAUUUAACAGAGGAGUUAUCAUGAAUGACAUGAAGAGGUGGAGGACGGCCUGUGAUUCAGAUCAUAACGAAGGUUAUUCCCGAUGUGAUUGGACAGUAUCACCUUCAGGUCGUUCACUAUUUCACGGCUAUAUCGACACAAAGUUGCCGAACGACGGCGAGAUAAUGAAAGCAGGCUGGGCUUUCCUCGGGUGUGAACGACACCGACGCUCUUUUCAUAGACAGAACUACUUUAAUUGGACGGGAUUUACACAUCUACUGGUCAGGUGUCGCGGUGACGGCAGAAACUGGAUUGUUGUGCUUAAUGUAUCCGAUGAUAAAAUGGACGUAACGUGGUUUGAUCGGUACCAGUAUGUCCUCUACACACACGGCGGACCCUAUUGGCAGUGGUGUAAAAUCCCGUUUUCGCGAUUUUAUUUCCAACACAAGGGUUACGCUCAGGACCAACAGUUUCCCAUAUGUUUACAUUCAGUAUCACAGGUGGGCUUCAUGUUAGCCGAUAACACUACCGGUCCUUUCAGUCUUGAGAUUGAUUACGUCGGUGUUAUGAGAGACCAAAAUUGGACUGAAAAGCACGCCUACGAACACUAUUACCAUAAAGAACACAAAUGGAGAGACUUUGGAUCAACUUAAGACCAUUUCUAUUAUUUUGAAUGUCUAAAACAUAAUUUGUAGAUAUAAUAAUAAUUUAAAUUUAUAGUAAAAGCUA